AUGGUCUUUGCGCGCCGUUCAAUCUUCCGCGCUGCGACUGCAGCUCAGUCCUUCCGUGUCGGCUCUGUUAGUCGCCGGUCUGCCCAGCUCCUUGGUCGACGAUUCAAGUAUACUAGCAACAGCUAUGAGCCAGGGCCUUCAUCCAGUAACUUGCCUUGGUUGGUGGCCUCUACUGCUGUGACUGUUCCAAUGAUCUAUUUCCUCUGGCCUUCUGGCUCGAAGGGACAUCACGACACUCACGGGGACGAACAUAAAGAGGAACACACGGAGGAUCACGGCGAGGUAGAGGAAGCUUCCGAGGAAAAACCUACCGAAGGAUCCUCUGAGCCGGCGCCCAAGAAGGAGGAAAAGACGGACGCCGAGGAGAAAGGCGAAGAGAAGGCGGAUAAAAAUGAAGAGCCCGAAGAAAAGAAGGAAGAACCCAAGGAUGAGAAGAGCGAGUCCAAGGAGGAAGACAAGGAGGAGAAAAAGCCCGAGGAGGAGAAAAAGGAGGAGAAGCCCAAUGAUGAUGACUCUAAGAAGGAAAAUAAGGACGAAAAGAAAGACGAAUCCAAGGAGGACGAGCCUAAGCAGGAUGAGUCCGAGGAUGCUGGAAAGGGCGAGAACAAUGAUGGCGAGGCAAAGAACUGA